AUGCAUCGCACGCGCUGCCUACGCCCGCCUUUUUCAAGGAGUCUGAGGAGAGAGGGGUACGAUGAUACGAUCCAGAAUCUCAAGAUUGGAAAGCAUACGCGGGUCAUCUUCCAAGGCUUCACUGGCAAACAAGCCACCGCCAACGCGCAAGAGUCCAUAGCAUGGGGCACCAACGUCGUCGGCGGGACAAACCCGAAAAAGGCAGGUACAGAACACCUCGGCCUGCCCGUUUUUGCAAGCGUACGGGACGCGAUGAGGGAAGUCAAGCCUGACGCGACGGGGAUUUACGUUGCGGCGCCGCAGGCAGCGGCCGCGAUCGAAGAGGCGAUUGAGGCAGAGGUGGGACUUAUUGUGGCGGUUGCGGAACAUAUCCCGCUGCAUGAUAUCAUGAGAAUCCACUCCAUGCUGCAAACGCAGUCCAAGUCGCGCCUCGUCGGCGCAAACGCCCCAGGCAUCAUCUCUGCCAUUGGCAAAUGCCGUAUCGGCUUCCAGCCCCUUCCUACCUUCUCCCCCGGCCACGUCGGCAUCGUCGCAAAGUCUGGAACGCUGUCGUAUGAGACCGUGGCGAGCUUGACGCGAGAGGGUCUCGGGCAGAGUCUGUGCAUCGGCAUGGGCGGCGAUGUGAUUGCGGGGACGAACCACGUGGAUGCGCUGAAAGUUUUUGAACACGAUCAAGAUACCGAGGCUAUCAUUCUUGUGGGCGAGCUGGGUGGGACGAGUGAGGAGGAGGCUGCGGAGUGGAUCAGAGAUUAUAGGAAGAGAGUAAAGAACCCGAAGCCGAUUGCUGCACUUGUUGGAGGGUUCCAGGCGGCGCCGGGCCGAAUCAUGGGACACGCAGGUGCGUGGACGGGAAUUGGGGAGGGUACGGCGGAGAGCAAGUACAAGGCGUUGGAGAGAGCAGGCGUGACGAUGGUAGAUCAUCCGGCGAAGUUUGGGGGGGUUGUGAAGGGGCUUUUGGCAGAGCAUGGAAAGAGACCCGGAGGGGCAUCCAUCUCGCCAUCAAAACAGAAGAGCAAAGGCCGAGGUAUUCACACUGACGCCCGAAAACCCGCCAAUGUCUUGCAGUCCCUCAACACCAGAGGCUCUCAUCCCGCAUCGACACCGCAGAAGCGCGGCCUCCACAUCAACGCCCAGCAGUCCGCCGACCUCCUCCGCUCCUACAACAUCGACCUCUCUCCUUCCCCGUCCUCGAGCCCAGAGUCAAACCACUUCGUCGGCAUAACGGUUGCCCGCUCCGCCCGCUCCCCCGCCAUAAUCGCCGCCCCGACGGCCCUCCAAGCCCAACUCCCCUCCCGCGUGCGCCGCUUCCCCUUCGACUACCGCAUCGGCCCAUCCGCAGCCACCAUCAACGACGCCAUUGCGUACCUCCAGCUUGAUGCCGCGCCGCCAAAAGCGAAAGCCCAGGCGACAGAGGUGAUUUCUAAUCUCUGGAAGCUGUAUAGAGAGAAGGAGGCUAUCACGACUACGGUAUCGCUGUCCAUUCCUGAAGAUAGAGACGUAAUAGAGGUGUACGACCCGUACCUCUUCUUCGACGACGCGGCAUUCAAGUCGAAUGGCAGGCAGGCGGACUUGCACGCGCUGCGGUCCUCCUCUACUCUGAGCGAAACAGACAAAGAAGCCGAAGAAGCCGGCAUCGUAUACAUCCCCUUGGCCUCCCCAACAGUCCCGGACGCGGAAUCCUCACCAGAACCCAGAAAUCUGGUGGGCACGCUCGUCAACGGCGCCGGCCUCGCCAUGAACACAAACGACGUUCUCUCCCUGCGCCUCAGCGCCGGCCACCCCACCCCCAUCCCCAUCUCCUCCCCUUAUGCCCCCACAUCCUCCGCCAAUUUCCUCGAUACAGGUGGCAAAGCGACCUCCCACACCAUCUCUACGUCGUUCAAACUGAUCCUGUCCGACCCACGCGUCGGCGUCGUGUUCGUGAAUAUCUUCGGCGGGCUGACGCUGUGCGAUAUGAUUGCGGAGGGCAUCAUUAUGGCGUUUAAGGAUGUUGGGAUUCGGAAGCCGGUGGUGGUUAGGCUGAGGGGCACGAAUGAGGAGAAGGGGCAGCAGGUGCUUGCGCAGGCAGGGUUGCCUAUUAGCGCGUUUGAUGAUUUCGAAGAGGCGGUUGGGGAGGUGGGGAGGCUGGCGGGGGAGAUUAACGAGCGUAGUUGAGAGGGU